CCCGUCUACUUUCUGUCUUUCUCAUCCUCCGCUUCACGACCAGGGAGCUCUCUCCGGUGCUGGGACACCUGACCGUUCUUUCCAUCCACACGCUGCGCACGCGCUUGCCGCUCCCUUCUUUUGCACGACAGAUUCUUUACGCUGCUUGACGCAUCAUUCCAAGAAAGUAAAAUCAAGACAUUCCCAGUAGCACGAAACGCAUCGACAUCGACAUGGUCAACUUCCGCCCUUAUAUCUUCUUUGGUCUCAACGUCGUCCGCUUCCUGAGCAUCGUCUCCAUGAUCCUCGUCUUUGCGAGCAGCAUCUUUGUCAUCGUCAAGGACGUCGAGGCCGUCAACAACUUUAGCGCCGCCAAGCUCAACGGUUCCGUCACCGAUGAAGACCUCGUCAACUGUGACUACAUCGAAGACAGCACCGUCCCGAACCAGAUCGGCGGCGUCUUCUGGGCCGUCGUCAACCGCCUGCUCAUCAUCUUCCAGGUGCUCACCCUUAUCCUCUCCGAGGUCGGCUGGCCGUCCGCCUUCUUCGACCGCUUCUUCCCCGUCCUCGGGCCCAGCUUCGGCCUCGGCGCGCUCGGCAUCUUCCAGGGCCUCAUCGGCGCUUCCGUGCUUUCGCAGCACGUCGACGACUUCACGCUCGUCGCCGCGUUCUUCCUCUUCGUCCUCGGGUGCCUCAACAUGCUGCUCGGGCUCGUGUUCCGCGAGAGCGCGAAGGAGAGGAGGUCGAUUACGGCGUGGAGGGGCGAGAAGCGGGAUGUGCUUCCCACGACCGCGCCAGGGAGCGGAAGCCCGCGAGGGGCGAUGCGCCCGCUGGAGCUGAGCAGGUCCGGGUCGACGGCGACGUGGGUCAACGACGAGAAGCCGAAGGACCUGAGCGAGUUCGGUGUGGGACACCAGCGUACGGGCAGCACUAUGCGCUCUGGGUACGGAUUCGGGCGGCAGGGCGAGAAGGCUGCUGGACUCAAGGGCUACCUGAUCACCAGACCGACCGAGUCCCUCCCGCGCUAUGCCUCGCGCCCGCGCAGUGGCGCCUCGCAGCCCGCGUCGUCGCGCAGUGCCUCUCCCGAGCCCACGGACGAACGCCGUCCGCACUUUGCUUCGAGCACGACGUCGCUGUGAGGUUCUGGUGCCCUCAGCAAGUACCCAUCAUGACGAAAAGCGACCAUCGAUUGGUCGACGCACGACGAUAUGCGCAUCUCCAAUCCAUCGAAGACUGGUAUUCACAACUACAGACGGACUAUACGUUACGUUAGUACUCCCGGGCACGCCGUGUGACGCGUAGAACGUGUCGCAUUGUGCUCGGCGGUGUUCUGCUUCCCCCAUUGCUCGGAUGCAUUGCAUGCACACGAAACGGACAACAGACUCUGCAGACCAUAGAUGCGCACGCAUAUAAGGACUCUCAUUCCCCCUCCAUACCAUUCCACCUUAUGUUUUCCUCCUUUCACACCCUUCUGAAGCUGAGCUCCCCCGUGAUAUCCCCCGGUUCCAUUCCCCCAAUAUUCCCCGUUGUUCAUUGUCCAUUGUGAAGCUCACUGUCACCAUACCGUCGCCUGUUGACAUACAUACACACACAUACACACAUACCAACCCCGCAUACCCCGCUUCAUUCAUACCGAACGCCCGCUUUUUAC